AUGUCAACGGAAUUAGAUGCUAUAAGUGGGACAUUUGGCGGCCUAGUAAUUCUCAUCGUUCUCCUGAGAAUGACCACUCGAAUGCCUCCCUUCAAGGCUGCCUUUGGUUGGGACGACGGGCUUAUCCUGGUCUCUGCGGCGUUUGCCAUAUUCUCGUCAUUGAACACUUUUAUAAUGACGCACUACGGGUUCGGGAGAGACAUUUUCACGAUACCGCCAGAUGAUAUCGAGACCGUCUUGAAAAUGUUUUACGCAGGAGAAAUGACUUACGACAUCACCAACGCCGUGACCAAGAUUUCCAUCCUGGCAUUCUACUUGCGCAUCUUCACAGAUCCGAAAUUCAAGAUAUCGGCAUAUAUUCUCAUGGGUUUCGUCGCGGCGUUUUUGGUGGCUAUCUUGCCGGCCACCAUCUUCCAGUGCACUCCCAUCUCUUACAUGUGGACCGGAUGGACCGGCGAGACGGAGGGCCACUGUAUCGACGUCUCUUCAUUGACCUGGGUGGCGUCUUCCGUCAACAUCAUUCAAGAUAUUGCUGUCAUCUUGUUGCCGAUCCCGCACUUACUCAAGCUGUCGCUUUCACGGAAGAAAAAGAUCCAGAUCGUCUCCAUGUUCUGUGUUGGUUUAUUCGUCACCGUUGCCAGCAUAGUACGUCUGUCAAGCCUCAUUCGAUUCAAGGCCACUCUGAACUUCAGCUGGGACUACGUCGCCGUCUGCUACAUGUCGGUCGUCGAAAUCGACGUUGGUGUAAUCUGCGCCUGUAUGCCCGCAAUGCAACUCCUCCUGCGCCGUGUCGCACCGCGCCUCUUUGGAUCUACCGCCGACAAGUCCUCCUAUCUGCACCCUCACACUGGUGGCCCCCGCUCACAAUCGCGGACCUUCCGCAAUACGGGCACCCGCCACUCCAUAGCGCCGAACACCAUCACAAAAACUCUGACGGCGACCGUGACCGAGGUAGCAAAAGAUUCCGACUCGGUUAUGGAGUUGGUCGACAAUCCCAACAAGAAAGGCAAUAGCCAUGAGGGUGGGUCAUUUGCCACGAUGUCGUCAGCAGACGAUGGCAACAAGCCAAAUGGCUGGUAG